AUGCAUUAUUUUAGGAAAAAGAAAAAUGAGCCUGUCAAUAAAAGAGAGGCCUUUAUAGCAAACAGUAAAUAUACGAAACAAAAUAGAACGCUCAAAAGUGAUGAUGUAUUCAAUGGUGUAGAUGCAUUUGAGGAAAAACCAAAACAAAAUGGAAAAAAAAUAUCCCAUAUGAAUGAUACGCACAAUUUGGAAACGAGCAGGAACUCUUUCCUAGAUGGGAGUUUCAAGGAAGAGGUAGGAAUUACCUCCAACAAAGGUGCAUUAUCUAAUCAAAAUGAAAAAUUUAAUAGCGGUUCCAGUUUUGAAGAAAAAAAAAAUCUCGACAAUUCCAGCAGUGAAUAUGGCAUGGAGAGCUACAACGAAGACUUGGCAAAGGAGUAUAGUCAAAAGGGAGAUAUUCCAAACAGUGGGCUAAAGCAUUCAGCAAAAAAUAAGGAAGAGAAUAAUGUUUCAAAUAGUAGUGAACCCAGUAACAGUAAUGUUUAUAACCACACAGAAGGAACGAACUUUAAGAACCCCUCCCCGUAUAAUAGUGUACGGGACAAAAUUAUUCCAAAAAAUGUAGACAGGGAUAUACAACAUCUGCGAAACAGUAAAAUGGACGGAGAAUUUAAACAAUUUGUAGGGAGCCCAAAAAAUAACAAACAGAAUUCAUCACUACUGAGCAAUCAGGGGAAAACAAACGACUUCCCCCAAAGUGACAGACCGGUAAAUGAAAAUAUACCCCCCAAUAGCAGCUACAUUUCGAGUAAAUCGUUUAACAAAACUACAGGCACUGGUCAAAGCGGUACUGGCCACAUGAAGGGGGACCACACUGAUCAUUUUUAUGAUAACACGAAAGCAGUAAGCAUACCCCCCCAGUUAAGUGCAAAUAACAGUGUGUCUGUAACCAGUGGGGAUAUAAGAAACAUGGAGACAAAUCUAAAUUCCACAGAAAGGAAUUGGACAUUGCAGAAAAAUGAACGUGCGCAACAAGGCAUGCACCAUCGUUCUCCUGACAAUUAUGGGGAAAACGCGGAGGAGUCCACAAAUGGGGGGCAGAUAAUUUACAAGGGACAACAUUAUCAUAAUUCCAACUUGCUGGAACAAAGCGACAGAGUGGACAGUAGUGCGCACGAUAGAAGUGGUAAUUUCUAUGCAGGGAUAGACGGAAAUGAUCCGACUGGAGAUAGCUUAAAUUCGCUACAACAUUCGCAAAGGUAUAUUGAUAUAGGUGAAUCUGGUGACAGACAAAAUGUACAGAAUGAGGAAAAUGUGAGAACCCGAAAUAGGGAUAAUUUCGAUGAAAGCUUUUUAAAAAAUAAUAAUUCUUCCACAAAAAAUGAGGAGUUUUAUAAAAUGUUAAACAGUAAUAUGAGGGAAGGGAAGGAAAAAAUCAGUGGGGAGAAAUUUAAAGAAAGCGUAGAUGCUGAGUUGGAGCAGAAAACGAGGGGUAAUAGAAGGCACGUUCAUUCCAGUAGGUCUUUCACACAGCCAAUACAUGUGCAGGAGGAGUUGGGGGGACAUCUAAUCGAGUCGACAGGUCACCAGAAUGAGCAAUUCCUCAAGUACAACACAGCUAUAAAUUCUAUCCAAUCGCAACCCAGCCGUCUAUCCACCAGGAAAGACUUAUCCAAAUCUAUAAAUGCCAAAGACAUAUCAGCAGAGAAUGUAUCAGGGAGACAGAGUGGCCAAAUAGAGAAGGUAUACAAGAGGGAUGAAUCAAAUAGCAGACACAUAGAAUCGAGGAGAAGUUAUAUGCAUGUAGAAAAUGUACAAAUAGAAUCAAGGAGAUAUUCCAUAUCAUCCAAAAAUAGUUAUAAUAACAGAUCGCGGGAAAAUUUUGAGGAACACAAAAAUAAUAUGAUCCUAUCUGAAAAGAGGACUAUGAGAAUGCCCGAGAGUUUAAUAGAAUUAAAUUUUAACCUGAACAGCUCCGUGUGUAGCAUUUCAGAAUCAACAAAUGAAAUGAACAUGGAAAAUGGUUCGUUAAAAUGUGAGAGCGGACAAGAGCAUUUAAUGAACACCUCGGAAGAAUCAGCAGAUAACCGCAUGAAGGUAGCUAGCCAAAUGGAAUAUAGAAACAGCGUAAGCAAACAUAGCAGAAAAAUGGAAUCAAAAAGACAACAUGAAGAUCCAUCUAAUAUGAUGAUAGAAUCCCAAUAUGGAGAAGACACAGACCAUUUGAUGGACUCACAAUUUGAACAAUCCUCCAAUCAUCUAAUCGAAUCGCAAUAUGAUAUUGAAAAAUGUAAUGACAAUAUGUCAGACAUUAAUAGUAGUUCCACGAGCUUAAAUAAGAGUCAACACCAAAUGAGCAAUGAUAUUUCUGACGAACGUAGCAAUUUUAUCAAACCGGGAAAUUACACACACAAAUCGCAGUAUGGCAAUGUCAACUCAGGGAUAGUGCACACAGAAUCGAGAAGAAGUCCAAUCAAUUUGAGCCAUAGUGAGAUGCAAUUACGAAGUAUUUCUCCAUGUCCAAAUAAUAACCUUAUCAACCAAAAUAAGGUUUACAAAGAAUCGAAUGGCACUUUGACAGAAUCUCGGAACGGCCUCAUGAAUUCGCAAAGUCAGCAUAACGAAAUGUGGAAAACUUUGACAGAGACAAAUGAUACGUUUGGCAAUUCUAAAUAUAGUCACAGCGUAUCUGGGUCGAGGCGCAGCCACACGGAAAGCGCUAGCAGUGGAAGCAUGAACAAUGGCCAUCACGACCCGGACAACUUGAAAAAGUAUGCCGAUCAUCCGAAGGGCUACGCAGACCAUCCGAAGGGCUACGCGGACCAUCCGAAUGAUAACUUGGAAGAGAGACCACCUGAACCAUCCCACUCAUUUCAACAAAACAGAAAAUAUAUAAAUGAAAUGAACCACUACUAUGAUAACAGAUCAAACAGGCCCCAUUUGAACAGAAGUGAAUAUGUCCCUAGGAAGAACAUCCCACAUAAUUAUAAAAAAUUCAAUACGUGUGUCCGCGAUGAUGACCAGAAGGCUGAUUUGUUGCAAGCCUUCCAAAAGGGUAUUAAAACCAAGUGGGGCAUGAACAAUUCACAAAUCCAGGGUGUAAACGAAAUGGGCAAAUCAAGAAACGCUCUGGAAAAUAGACAAACAAAUCACACAAUCCAUACGUCCGAAAAUUACAAUUUAAAGAAACAACAAAGUAGGAAUUAUUUCUCCACGGGUGACAGCAAGGGUAAUGUGCCGCAAUUUUCCCGUAGGUCUAGAAUAUCUCAUGCACCUCUCGUGCAUAAUGAGGAUGAUGAACAAAAACCUGGAGGUAAAAUGCACUACAACGAUUUAGAGAACACUUUUGAGAAUUUCGAAAAGGAAGGGCAUAAGGACGGUAGCGAUCUGGAGUUUUCCUUCGAUCAGGAAAAUGAAAUCUGCAAAAAUAUGUCCAAGGAUUUCUCAACAUCUAUUACGAAUUCGCAACUUUUAAUGAGCGGCUCUCAUAAUAUUAUGCACCACUCAGGUAUAAAUAGUUCUAACCAUUUUGAGUUAGAAAUGUCGAAUAAAUCAAACAAAACUUCAGACAUGGAUAAGUUCGCUAUGGAAAAUAAUUUCGAUUUGAAUGUCAAUUCGAAUUAUAUCAAACGGCUAACUAUGAAUGACAAUUUCGUCAACACAAAUUUGCAGAUUUCCUACAUGGAAAAUGAAAUCCAAAAUAAAAUAAAAGAUCUUGACAACUUUUGGGGGGAGAAUUUUGAGAACAAAUGCAAUUCUGUCCUCAACAGAAUUGAGAAGCUCCUUUCUUCCGAUUUUUUCAGCGAGUCGUAG